AGUAAGAUCCUAGUUCCGGCUGCCGGCGAAGGAGGCGGAACAAAACAGUCUCGAGACUCCGCUCGAGCUCUGUUAGCUCUGCUAGCCCUGUUAGCUUCUUCCAGCCUGUUUCAGCCGUUUAUCAUAAAAUGGGGGAAGCAGAUGUGACGCUGAAUCAGACCGACGAGAAGCCUCCGGACUCGGCGUUGGUUCCCGGGGAGGACUCGGUGGUGUGGAGCCACGAGGUGGAGGUCUGUCUGUUUCACGCGAUGAUCGGACACAAACCCGUCGGAGUGAACCGUCACUUCCACAUGAUCUGCAUCAGAGACAAGUUCAGUCAGAACAUCGGCCGGCAGGUUUCCUCCUCCGUCAUCUGGGACCAUCUGGGAACCAUGUACGACAUGCAGGCUCUGCACGAGUCGGAGAUCCUGCCGUUUCCAAACUCAGAGAAGAGCUUCUCUCUGCCUGAUGACAUCAUCCAGGAGGUUAAAGAAGGGAAGCUGGGCUCAGAGGAGGACACCAAGGAGGAGUUCAGGAUGGAGAGAGAACCUCCGGCUACACAUGAAGAAGGCAGUAACUCCUCGGUGAAGAUGUCGGAGCGAACGAGCAGCAGUCGGGACAAGGAGAGAGAGCGAGACAAAGAGAAGGGAGGCAGUGAGGGAGGAGCAGCAGCAGGAGGAGGAGGAGGAGGAGGGAAGGAGGCGGAGAAGAGGAAGAGGAGUCGAACAGCCGACAAACUGCUGUCGUCUUCCAACCCGGCGAGUCCGGGAGGAGCCAAGAGGAGACGCACCUGAGACGGACAGACAGAGCGAGCGAGCGAGCGAGAGAGAGAGAGAGAGAGACAUGGUGUGUGUGUGGAGGAGGAGGAGGAGGAGGAGGAGAAGCUGCCGUCACAGGAAUCCAACCUGUGAGUUUUAUCUGAUGAGGUGGAGGAGGCGCUUCAUGCUGACUCGUGUGCGCUGCUUCAUCUCAGCGCUGUCGCCAUCAUUUGAUCCCAGCGGGAGGAAGUGACAUCACUGCUGCUGCAGCCGGAGGACACGACACGAAGCCGAGUGUUACCUGACGUCCAAGUCUCUUUGUCUUUUCAUUAUUGUGUUGUAUCAGCAGGUUAGUGUGUCCCUCCCAACGUUUUAAAACCAUCCUGUGUUUUAUAUGAAGUGUAAUUAAUCAUCUCAUCGCUCGCCGUCAGACUCGUGAUGGAAAAAGGAGAACGAUCGAUGCAGCAGAACCAGUUCUCGCCAUUUUUAUUCCCUUUUCUUGUCAAAACCUGGGGCCUACAUUACCCACAGUGCAACUCAACCACGGACAAUUCAGUCUGACGUUUGUGUGUUAUGCUUGUAGCAGCUGCAGGCGUCUGCUCAGCUGACUUCUGCGUCUUCAGCCGACGCCGACUCGAGUGACAUCACUGGAGGCGGGCUGACAGACUGCAGGCUCCCUCUGAAGGAUUCAUACUGCUGUUAGAAUGUACAUAUGCAGCUGAACUCUGAGGUGUGGAAUCAGAGGAGGGCCGAUCGCAGACGGACUCAUCAGGUGUAAUUAAUGGAAAAAUCUGAAAGGUUGAAAAUAUUUAAACUCCCCUAAAAAACACCAGAAAAAGCCGACAGGUGUCACAACAACAGAAGAGCACACGGCUCGUCAUCAGGAGGACUGAGGUUCUAGCAGCGAGUCUCUGUUAUCAGCCUCUGAGCGCUGGAACAAGUCCUGCUGUCACAACCUGAUGUGAGUGACGCGUGCGUCGGCCAUCUUGGACAGCCGAGUACGGCAGCACAGCUUGGACAAACCUCACAGAACUGCAGUGAAGGUGAAGAUUUGUUACCUUUAAGAUUAUGAUGGAAAAGAAGUUGUAGUGGAAGGAAGCAGGACAGAGGAUGUGAGAUUAAACUUACAGAAGUUGGAUUGAAAACUAAAAUAUAUUAAAUAUCUUAUUUUGAUGUUUUUAUUAUUUGAAUUUUAUUCAGUGGUGAUGAUGUAGUUGAACAUAGAUCCAAAAUGAAAUAUGUACCUGAUGUGCUGCACUGAGGUUUUUACAUGUCAGACUUAAAACUUACAGAAUCAUAAAGUCACAAUACAGAUAAAUAUAAUUACAACAACAGACGUCAACAUACACACAACCUACUUUAAAGUACAGUAAGCUAAACAUGCGUGCAGCUCUGUGUUUCUCUCAGCCAGCAGUUAAAACAACUUCUGCAUCGAGUCCGUUGGUUCGAGUCUCUCAGAGUCCCACGUGUCCUGGAACACCUGGAAACAGUUGACCAGUUCUCCAGUCAUGGAAAAUGAGAUUAAGACAUUAUUUUAAACAACACAGUGUGGUAUCAGUUUUAUACUGAACAAUAUUACAAAAACGUAGAUUGUUCCUAAAGGAACAGUGAGUUGUUGGUUCCAGACGCUCUUCGCUGUGUGUACUGAUGCUCCUGGUCGCUGAGGUCUCUGGAGUUCCUGCAGCCUGAUUGUGAUUCACAAGAAGAAGUCGUUGGGAUUAAAGAUGAAUGAAGGAACAUGUUGUGUGUCCGCUCUCUGUCAGCCGGGUCGACACUGGAGAUGUUCUGUAGAGAAGAGUUAAAGAUUCUGUAUGUGGUUUGUCCGAGUCGUGUUGCCGUACCUGUCUGUCCAAGAUGGUGGAUGUACAGGUGCAUGUGCUGCUCACAUCAGUACCGACACCGGCCACCUCUCUUCAUGUGACACAAGUCAUUAAAUGUGUUCCUGCUUCCAGAGAGGCCCGGUCAGAGAUGAAGUUGGACCCGUCUCUGCUCCUCGGCGCUCACCGCAGGAAGCCAAACGUAGUUUUUAUUCAUGGUGCUUUUUGUUUUAUUUGUUUGUACCUCUUCAGGUGAAUGUGGAGCAGGAGGUCCAGUGUGAUCGAGACUAGAGUUCAGACUCGGUUCAUCUUAAAGUCCGAGCAGCUGACGGUCAGAACCAGAACAGAACCUCUGGUGCACGAGAAGCUGCAACGUGUGUUUUUGUCUUCUGACGCAAUAAAUGUCAACGUCUCCAUGAUGAAUGUGAACACAGUCAGAAGCUCGUUUCAGUCCGAGGAGUCGAACAGGAAGUGCUGGACAUGGAAUCAGCUGAUUGGUUGAAUCAAAUGUUCCUUUAACUCUCGAUCAAUGUGUUAAUUUAUUGAUGUUCAGUGAGGCUGAUCAGCUGUUUGUGUCAUUAAAGGUGAACUCAGAUCAG